UGGCCCCUCUGUGAUAUCUGUAUAAUUCGGAAUGGAUCUACAAAAGUAAUAAUAUAGAUAAGGAAAAAACACAUUGUAAACGUCAAGGUGCAUGCAUCGUCCGGUACGGAUUGGGCGGAGUCUUCACUUUCAUAAAGGUACAGUAUAUAGACAGGUUGUCUUCUCACUCGGACUGCUGAAUUAUCUGUUUCCCUCACUGAAUAGAUUUGGGAUAAUACAAGGAAAGAUGCAGUACGACUAUGGUAAAAACAAGGAAGAACAUCCUGACCCUAUCAAAGCUGAAGUGAAAGGCUUGCUUCCUGAUUGGCUACAGGGGACGCUUAUACGCAACGGGCCUGGCCUCUUCACGCUGGGAGAGACUUCAUACAACCAUUGGUUUGACGGAAUGGCACUUUUGCAUAAUUUUACUAUUAAAAAUGGUGAGGUGACAUACAGAAGCAGAUUUCUUCGAGGUGACACCUACAACUCCAACACACAGGCCAACAGAAUAGUGGUGUCAGAAAUGGGGACCAUGGCUUACCCAGACCCAUGCAAAAAUAUAUUCUCCAAAGUGAUCACCUUUCUGAGCCACACCAUCCCAGACUUUACAGACAACUGUGCCAAUAACAUAAUCAAAUAUGGAAAUGACUAUCAUGCCACAUCGGAAACCAACUAUAUUCGUAAAAUUGACCCCACCACUUUAGAGACGCACGACAAGUUGGACUACCUGAAGCACCUUCCUGUAAAUAUAGUGGCAUCACAUACGCAUUAUGAUAAAGAGGGAAAUAGUUACAGUAUGGGAACAUCCAUUGCAGAGAAGGGAAAAACAAAAUACACAUUAUUCAAGGUUGCAGGAGGAAGUGGCUCAACUGAGUCUCAACCCUUGAAAAACAUCGAGGUGGUCUGCACUGUGCCCUGCCGCACGCUCCUCACACCCAGCUAUUAUCACAGCUUCGGCAUGACCGACAACUACUUUAUCUUUAUUGAGCAGCCCUUGAAGCUGGACAUCCUGAAAAUGGCCACUGCCUAUAUGAGGAAGGUCAGCUGGGCCAGCUGCAUGAAAUUCCACCCUGAAGAUAACACCCUGAUUCAUCUUAUUGACCGGAAGACAAAGAAGGAAGUUGGGAUCAAAUUCUACACGGGUGCAAUGGCUGUAUACCAUCAAGUGAAUGCCUUUGAAGAUGAUGGUCAUGUUGUGUUUGAUAUGAUCACCUAUGAUGACAACAGCUUGUAUGAUGUGUUUUAUCUGGACAAGCUGAAGGAGCAGAUGACCUCUAAUACUACCUACUGCAAGCCCAAGUGCAAAAGAUUUGUGUUGCCCGUUAAUGAUAAGGGUGAGAUCGGUGAAGAUCUGGUCAAACUCAAGUAUACGACAGCAAGUGCUGUGAAGGAGAAAGAUGGAAAACUUCUGUGUCAAGGCGAAGUUCUCUGUGAUGGUGUGGAACUUCCAAGAAUUAAUUACAAUUUCAAUGGAAAGAAGUACAGAUAUGCUUACAUGUGUUGUGUGGACAUGUCACCAGUGGCCACAAAGAUUGUAAAAGUUGACGUUGAAACGAAGCAGCAGAUUGAAUGGAAGGAAGACAACUGUGUGCUCUCAGAACCUGUUUUCGUCCCCAGGCCCAAUGCAGUUGAUGAGGAUGAUGGCGUAGUCCUGUCAUCUGUCAUAAGCUCUAAACCCAGGCCAGGUAGCUUUCUUCUGGUGCUUGAUGGUAAAUCUUUCAAAGAGGUUGCCCGGGCUUAUGUAGAUGCUGAGAUUCAUAUGGACAUGCAUGGAUACUUCAUACCAGACAGCAGUUAAGGAUUUGAUGCCUAUCUGCCUCCUGCACAUUCUUAAUAAAGUGAAAUGUGGAGAAUAUUUAGUAAAUGUUCAUAUUGUGACUCAAUUGCAUGAAUGACUCUGAUUAUACAGGCUUAUAUUGAAAAAAACCCAUUAAAACUGCAAUAAUUGAUCCCAGUGCCAUUAAAGAAUAAAAUCAUGAAUUCUAUGAUAUAAUGCUUUUAUUCCAGAGCCCUGGCUUCAAAAUUUAAAAUUUUAAUAUUGUCCACCAGAUGGCGCCAUUUUUCUCAUGUUUAGCCUAUGGAUCAAAUACAUGCUUUUUCCUAUUUUCUGUUUGCUGUAUUAUAGAGCACUGCAGGCCAAUUGAAUAAAUGAUGCAGCUAAAAUUGUGUGUGUGUGUUGGUAUGGAUGCCUGUGUGUGUGUGUAAAAACAACAGUGGCAUUAUGUAAACAAACUGGCAUUUAAAGGGUUAAAAUCCUGAAAAUGAAUGAAUAUUUGGUAGUUAUGAUCAGGACCGAUGUUGGUUAAAAAAAUCUAAGUCAGUCAAAGUGGAAAAUAAUAUUAAUAUAUAAUAUUAUUAUGGCAGUAUUUUGACGUGGACAUUUUUGUCCUCUAAGGUACGGAGUGUGAGGUGUGUGUGUGUUGUUUUUUUGUUGUUUUUUUUAUAUAUAACUCUGACACUGCACAAAAAAUAAUAAUGCAUCAAAAUCAAUGUUGUUGCUAAUCAUUGACGUAUCCCAGACUAUGAUAAUCCCCCCCAAAAAAAUGUCCCCUUAUUUAGUAUAUGGAACAUAAUUAAUUUGUGUGUUUUUUUUUUUUUUUUUUCAUAAAAAACAACAGUGGCAUUAUGUAAACAAACUGGCAUUUAAAGGGUUAAAAUCCUGAAAAUGAAGGAAUAUUUGGUAGUUAUGAUCAGGACUGAUGUUGGUUAAAAAUAUUAACUAAUUGAAUGUGGAAAAUAAUAUUAAAAU